UGUGAUAAGGAAAUUGAAAAGAGCAGCACAAAGGAAAAGAAAAUCCUGUUCGCAUAUUUUCCCACGAAAUUUACAUGCGUUCCCUAGUCUCUUUCAAAACCCUUCCCCAACUUUUGCUUUUCUCUCUCUUUUUAGUUUUAUUUUUAUUUUUUUGCAAAUUUGGUUAUGCAUCUACCACUUUUAUUUACUUUGGUUUUGGGUUUUGUUGAGACAAAAAUCUCCUUCCCAUAACUUGUUGUUCUCUUUCUCUUUUGAGAAUUGGAUGUGUGGUUUGACUUUCUUUUUCUGGGUGUGAUGCUCCCAUUCGACGAUAUCAAGGAAAUCAAAUUUCAAGGUUCGGUGUUUUUUUUUUUUUUGAACUAUUUUUUAGGUGAGAUUCAAUUUUUUAUAUAUAUGGGUUUUUGAAGGUUCUUUCAAGUUUGUGGAGAAGAAAAUUUGCUUCCUUUGCCAAUUUCUUAACAUGGGUUCUUUAAUUUAAAGUUCUGUUUUAUGAUUAAAUGUUUAUAAGAUUAGUAAAAAGUUUGGAAUUUUGGUUGAUUUGAUGAUCAAAUCCAUUUUCACUUGAUUGUUUUCUGCUAUUUCAAGCUUCAUCUUUUAUUAUGAGCUUUUCCAUCUUUUUUAUCCCUGGCAUUGCUUAGGAUAGUUUAGAUGCGCAAGUUGGAAAAACAAAGCUUUCUUUUGUCCUUCCAGUUCCAUCUUGUUCAACUUAUGUGCUAAGAGGAGCAUCUAACUCACUUUUGAUUUAGCUGGGGUGGGGAGUUGUCAAGCUGUAACCUAUUUGAUUCAUAUCUUAAGUUCGAAAGCACUGAAUUGUAUAGAUCUGCUCUUGAUCCUAUCUGGUGUUUAUUGAACCCAAAUCCUGGUCUUUCCAUCUUGUGAAAUUGUGUGUGGUUUUGGCAAGGAGAUGGUUUAGGUUCUAUGUAUCACCUGAGUGGAAGCUUUGGCCUGAAUUGAUUGCCUGGGAAGUUAAUUGGUAUUCAGUCAAAUAGUUGAUUUGAUCUUCUUCUGUUUGUUGUGUAAUUUUCUUGUGAUAUGGACGAACAUCAAUCUGCUAUCCCAACAUAUGAAGGAGAUCUUCAUGUUGUUGCUGCUGCUCACCAUAUUGUCAAGGCAUUAGGAGCAACUAAGAAUCUUAGUCAUGAUUUAAGGAAAAUCCUUAUCGAUCUUGAUACCCACUUGUCAAUGAUAACUUCAAAUAUAGACAGCAAAGGAGGAAGGGGAUUUUUUGAUGUUGAGGAGCGACUUAAACAAGCAGAGAGAAAGAUUGUGAGUUGGGAAUCAGAUCCAGUGAUGAUAUGGGAUUCUGGACCUAGGAAAGCUUCUGAGUAUCUAGAAGCUGUCGAUGAAAUUCAGACGCUGAUUGAUGGUUUACGAGGCUUGUCUGUGAAUGAAAAUAGGAAACAGAAGGAACUUCUUCACCAUGCAGCGGGUGUUCUGCAGAUGGCAAUGUCAAGGCUUGAGGAAGAGCUUGUUCAUAUACUUGUUCAACAUCGACAACAGUUUAAGCCCAAACAAAUGUCUUCUCAUUCUAAUCGAAAGGAUGUUGUUUAUGACGAGUCAUUUGUUUCAGUUGAGGAUGAACCAGCUGAGGAAACAUCCGGAAGAAACUGCAGUAGUGAUGACAGCAGUGAGUAUAUUGUAGAUUUGGUCCAUGCAGAUGCAAUUCCUGAUAUCAAGUCCAUUGCAAAAGUUAUGUUUACUUCAGAUUACGGUCAGGAAUUUUGUGAAGCUUUCAUUGGUGUGCAGAAAGAAGCAUUGGAGCAGUAUUUUGCCACUCUUGAAGUUGGAAAACUGACCAUUGAGGAUGUGCUCAAAAUGGAGUGGACUAGCAUGAGUAGUGAGAUGAAUAAAUGGACCUGGUCCAUGAAGAUCAUCUUUCGGGUCUAUCUUGCUAGUGAAAAGUGGCUAUGUGACCUGGUCUUAGGGGACUUUGGAUCCGUUAAUCCAUUUUGCUUUCUUGAGAUCUCAAAGUCAAUAAUUCUUUGCCUCUUGAACUUUGGUGAAGCCAUAGCAAUGGGGCCUCAUCAACCUGAAAAGCUGCUUCGCUUGCUUGACAUGUAUGAGACUUUGGCAGAUCUUCUUCUAGAUAUAGAUACAUUGUUCUCAGAAGAGGUUGGUUCUUUUGUGAGGAUUGCAUUCCAUGAGCUUCUGGAGAGAUUGGGUGAUUCUGCUGCAGCAGCAUUUAAGGCAUUUGGAAUUGCUAUUUCUUCUAAUAGAUCCUUAUACCCCUUACCUGGAGGUGGAGUUCAUCCUCUCAAUAAAUAUGUCAUGAAUUACAUCAGGAUGUUCCCGGAAUAUUGCGACACUCUUAAUUUGCUUCUCAAGGACCAAGAUGCAGGUGCUGCAAAUCCAGUAACUGAGCCAGAGUAUGGGCAGAAUGUCUCUCUUUCCACGUCUUGUCCAAUUGCUUGUCACCUUCGAUCAAUUACAAGUUCUUUGGAGUCCAAUCUUCAGAAGAAAUCAAAACUAUACAAGAAUGAGGCUUUACAGCAUAUUUUUUUGAUGAACAACGUCCAUUACGUGGUUCAAAAGGUUAAGGGCUCUGAACUCAGACUCUUCUUUGGAGAUGAAUGGAUUCGUAAGCAUAAUGCAAAGUUUCAGCAGUAUGCAACGAACUAUGAGAGAGCCACUUGGAGUUCAGUCGUUUCUUUGCUCAAGGAUGAUAAUCCAGGUUCAAGUUCCAUGUCAAAAUCGACUUUCAAAGAAAGGUGCAAGGGCUUUAGCGUUGCUUUUGAGGAGGUAUACAAAAGUCAGACAAGUUGGUGUAUCCCAGAUCCUCAGCUUCGUGAAGAUUUGAGAAUUUCAACGUCACUUAAAGUUGUCCAUGCAUAUCGAACUUUUCUUGGGAGAAACCCUGCUCAUAUUGACGACAAAUGUGUUAAGCAUACUGCAGAAGAUGUGGAAAAAUUGCUCUUGGACCUUUUUGAAGGGUCACCAAGGUCAUUGCGCAGUUCGCGCAGAUGGUGAAGACUUAAGGUCUUAAGUUUCAGGCUUUCAGCCAUUCUUUUCUUCUCACUCCCUCCUUUUCCUGAUAAAGUCAUGAUUGUCAUAGAUGUAAAUGUGCUUGUAAGUAACAUGUCUACUUCCCAAAUUUCUGUUUCUCCUGUUGUAAUAUCCACAAUUGGGUCUCUGAUUGCAUACGAGUGGCUGUGCCUGUGCUUCUCUUGGCUUUAAAUAACAUGCUAAGCUCUCAUGCAACUGUUAAGCUAUACUUUUAUGGUGAACUCAAUUCUAGGCGUAUGAUCCAGCUUAUUCUCUAGGUUCACUGUUGUGUUAGAAUUGUUUAUUAUUUUGAGGAUUGGUAGUAUUUUUCCGCUCAAGGAUGUGAGCAUACUUACUACAGAGUACAUAUAUGUGUGCAGAUUCCACUAAAUUGUAAUGAUGAGGAAAGGAAUAAGUCAACUUCC